UUUCUGUUCUCUUCUUGCAGGAACAAGUUAAACUUGAUGCCACCAAACAGGUGACCAGUCCAGAUGAUUUCGAAGAUCUCAGUCCAAUGCCACAUACGGCUGCUCCACCGGUACGCCGACGUGGUGGCAUAUCAGCGGAACCUGUCACCGAAGAGGACGCCACAAGCUAUGUGAAGAAAGUUGUACCCAAGGAUUACAAAACAAUGGCUGCGUUAUCUAAGGCUAUUGCCAAAAACGUCCUAUUCUCGCAUUUGGAUGAAAAUGAACGUUCCGACAUUUUCGACGCAAUGUUUCCAGUGACGCAUUUAAUGGGUGAAAAUAUCAUUCAACAAGGUGAUGAAGGUGAUAAUUUCUAUGUUAUUGACCACGGAGAGGUUGAGGUAUUUGUUAAUUCUGAAUUGGUGACAACAAUUGGCGAAGGUGGUAGCUUUGGUGAAUUGGCGCUCAUCUAUGGUACACCACGUGCAGCUACCGUACGAGCUAAAACCGAUGUCAAGCUAUGGGGCAUCGAUCGUGAUUCUUAUCGACGAAUUUUGAUGGGUUCUACUAUACGCAAAAGGAAAAUGUACGAAGAAUUUUUGUCGCGUGUGUCAAUUUUGGAGAGUCUUGAUAAAUGGGAGCGUCUCACUAUAGCUGAUGCACUGGAACCAGUCUCAUUCGAAGAUGGUGAAACAAUUGUUAAACAAGGUGAACCGGGUGAUGAUUUCUACAUUAUCUUGGAUGGUACCGCUGUUGUACUUCAACGACGAGCUGAGCAAGGGGAUGAGCCCGCCGAGGUUGGACGUUUAAGUCCAAGUGACUACUUCGGUGAAAUUGCUUUGCUGUUAGAUCGCCCCAGAGCAGCUACUGUGGUUGCAAGAGGUCCCUUAAAAUGUGUUAAAUUGGAUAGAGCGAGAUUUGAACGCGUUCUAGGACCUUGUGCCGACAUUUUGAAGCGUAACAUUACGCAAUACAACAGUUUCGUUUCAUUAUCUGUUUAAAUUAGCAAAAUUAUUUAAAGAUUCCACAAUUACAUACAUGCAUAGAACGAAUCUUUACGAAGGCAGUGACUUUAUAGUUGUUCGGAUUAAACAUGGAAGAAGAGAAAUUUCACAGAAGGAAGGAAAUUAAAUCAACGGAAAAUAAAACAAAAAAGUUUAAUAUUAAAAAUCUAUACUUAAAUAGAAUCAAAGACAAGUAAUUAUCAAAAGCAAGAGAAAAAGAAGAAAGUAAAAAGGGAAUUGAACUUUUUAGACGGAUACAAAAUUUAAAACUCUGAGCAAACGCAGAGAAGCAACAUGGGCUGUUGAAAGAUCUGCGCAACUUAAAAAAAUAUACAAUUUGGAGAAAAGCAAACCUAAUUUAACAACCAAAACAUAAACCUUUAUGCAUCCACUUGUGUAUAAAUGGCUAAUUGUAUGUUUUUGCGAAAACGACAACUCUAGCACUAUGCACACUAAGACGCGCGCAUUUACAUGUACACAAGCACAAAACUCAUUGCAACAGUGUGCAUAAUUUGUAUGUUUUUCAUGCACUGUUUCGAACGUGAGUGAUGAUUUUUUGCUACGAUAUAAAUAAAGCGUGAGCGAUAUAGGUGGUUAACACGAAAGUGGGCUAUCACGUAAUUUGUAUGGAUCACUACCAAUUAUUUCAAAGAAAAAAAAUUUUAAUAUUGUGAAUCCACUGGAUGUAUGUAUUUCAAUCUUUUACUGACUUUUAACUGCGUAUGGAUUGUUCUUUAAUGAAAUUCAAUAUGUAUGUUAAACCGAUUUGCUUUCAUUAAAACUCGAAUAUAAAUAUGUAGAACUUUUAAGUGUAUUUUCGAAAAUAUAAACCUUUACAAUGGUACUAAAGCUAUUUUUCUUUCUAAUACUUCAUAUGCAGUUUAAUGGUGGCAGUCAAGCACAGUUAAUUCUUCAUAGUUGUAAUUCGCACUGGUUUAUUUUUUGCAUAUAUUCGUAUUUAACUACUAAUAUUUGCAGCUUUUAUGUUUUAUUGCCUUUUUAUCAUUUUAAAUAAGUAAAAUAUACACGUGCAUAUACAAUAGGUGCGAUAUAUGUGAAUAUUUUUAUUUUAAAAUUUAAAUGCUUAUAACUUUUAAUUUGCUUUAGUACGCUUUGCUAACGUGUUGUUUUUUUAAAUCAAAAAAUUAAAUAAAGCCCCUCUUGAACUGAUUAUAUUUCGCUAUAUGUGUAAUUUAAAUUAUAACUUUUUAGCGCCUAUACAAUUUUCUCUAGCUUCCAUGCGUCUACCUUUUUCAACAACUUACUAUAUACAUAUAAAUAUACAUUAAUGUUAACCAAAAUCCUUAAUCCUAACGAUAAAAUGCAUUUAAGGCGCGUGAAAAAUGUCAAGGCGUCCGUUUUUAUGUUUUAAAUGCGAAGGUUUUAAUUUGAGGAAAUAUUUAUAAAACACAAAAAGGGAUUAUAGGAAUAAAAAAAAAUAAAUUAAUUAAAAUAUCAAACGAGACUCUUAAAAAUCACUACUUUAAAUUUUUAACAUUUUUAAUCUUUGAAUGUAUUAUUAUAUACAUGUAUGUACAUAAUUAUUUUAAUUUCAUGCGACUUUAACUGAAAUCCCCUAACAAAAAAUGGUCGUUUGUGUUGAAAUGUAACAAAUUUUGCACUCUGGACAUAAACUAGCACACUAAUACAACCUAACAUGGAGUAAAACAUAUGUAUUAAUAUGUACGUAUAUAUGUAUAUAUGUUUGUCAAGAUGUGCAUACAUACAUACAUAUGUGCAUAUAUAUAUGUACAUAUAUUUAUGUACGUACAUAUAUCAAAACAUUAUAGUGCUGGCGCGCUUUUCAUGUAAACUAAAAAAAAAA